GUGUACCGAUGCACGUUCCACCGAGGCUGGUGGAUCAGUAGCGCAGGAGCGAGUAUCGGGAGUGGUCGGUUGGUGGGCGUUCAGUGUAUUUUUUUGUUUGCGACAUUCUUGCCUCGUUGAAAAGACGAGAGCGGCCGCCGCGCGCCAGGGAGGAGGGUAACCGCUGUCGUGCUUCCGCGUGUGUACGUGCCCAAAAAAUGUAAUAUGGCGAUGGUCGCGUCGAACAUGAGCGGCCACAUACAGAAGCAGCUCACCAGAAGCCUCGAGCGAAUCCUGGAGGAAGCGCACUUGAGCGGUGAGCUCAAGUUGAGCGGCCGGAAGCUAAAGGACUUCCCAAAAGUCGGGAAAACCGGAUCCAGCAAGUACAAUCUGCAGGAUACAGUUUUCGCCGAUCUGUCGAAGAACCGUUUCGCUGAGCUACCAGAAGAAGUCACCGAGUUCCCGUUCCUCGAGAAGCUUCAUCUCUACCACAAUGCCAUAAGAAUAAUACCGGAAACAGUGUCGAUGCUCCAGUCGCUCAACUACCUCGAUCUUAGUCGGAACCAAUUGACGUCGCUACCUCGGGAGAUAUGCAGGCUACCGCUCCAAACGUUACUGGUCGCUCACAAUAGAUUAGCAUCGUUGCCGGACGAAUUGGGCAGAAUGUCGGCGCUGGCCGAGCUCGACGCUGGCUGCAACGAAAUUGCGAACCUGCCGCCCAGGAUGGGCGAUCUCGCGAGGCUCAGGUCCCUGGACCUGAGGAGCAACAUGCUCGUGCACCUGCCCAUUGAACUGACGUACCUGAGACUGGUGAAGUUGGACAUCAGCGGCAACCGAAUAUCCGUGCUGCCGAACGAGAUGAGGAAGAUGAAGAGCCUGGUCGACUUCCGGCUGUCCGAUAACCCUUUAACCUCGCCGCCUGCCUCGCUAUGCAUUCGCGGGCGAACGCACAUCUUCAAGUACUUGGAGAGACAGGCGGCGAAGCACGAGAGGGCCAGAGGCGGCCGCGGCAGGAGGACGCCGCUGGACGUGAGAGGUCACGCGACCCUGGACACGCGGUCCCACAGGCGACACAACGUCGACAGCGGGUACAGCACCAGCGAUGGCGUCGACAAACGCUGGUCCCAAGAGAUCCACAGCGCGGUGCACGACGGAGAGAUUCGAGGUCUAUGGCGGCAAGAAUGUUCGCCGCUUUCGAUCACUCUGCCGCACGAGCAUGCGAUCGUGAACGGAUCCUGCAGCGGGACCUCCACCCCGAGCACCAUCUCGCCCGGCGAGCACACGUCACUCGAGGACGAGCUUGGCAAGGCGAUGAUACUGCACGAUCAAUUGGAAAAGAGGAGGCUGGAGAGGAGCACCUCGGAGAACGGCGCCGACGUCAGAAGACCGAUGACCUCUGGCCUCUAUCACGCGUCAAUUACGCCGCCGGGCCCCCUGGAGACCUCUCACUUGAACCAAGCCCCGUCGGCGUCGGCGAACACCCAGCCGGUUCAGCCUCUGCACAGCACGACCGCGAACGCUACCUCUUUGCUGAACGGAGACGAGAAGAGGCCUCUGAAUCACAUCCAAACGUACAGGGAGUACAAGGAGGCGUUGAGACAACAGAGGGCGAGCGAGGGGCCCAGCGUGUACAGGCCCCGGGAACAGGUGACACCGCCCGGCAAUGAAUCGCAGAACAACGAGACGGACUCGAGCAACAAUAAGGAAGCCGUCGCUCUGACCGGCAAACAGAUCUUCAACGAGGAGAACGCCACGAAGAGACCAGUGCAGAAAGUGACGCCGUCGCGCAUCAACUAUCAAAACACGCCGAUCAUCAAUGGCAGCAACAGCGAGUACAAUAAUAAGAAUGGCAAGUACCUCGAGCAGCCGUACAAGAAGCCUAACUCGCCGAUCAAGACCUCGACGAGCAUUCUGUCCGCGGGCACUAGUCCCGGACACACUCCCAGACUAGUCAAAACUGCUGUUGGCUACGUGGAAGGUAACAAGAGUCCUAGCAGAAACGGCGGGAGCCCGAAGUCUCCGCGGUCGGUUACAUGGAACAGCAACGUUCCGGAGAAAUACUCGUUCACGAUGAGACGGGAGUUCGAGCGUGCCAAGGAAGAGGCUGACUUGAUAGAGCAGCUCAGGAAUCAUAUAGAGACAAGGCUGAAAAUGGCGCUGCCGGAAGACCUCGCUCCGGCGCUGACGGACGGUGUCGUCCUCUGUCACUUGGCGAACCACGUGAAGCCACGGUCGGUUGCCAGUAUUCACGUUCCUUCGCCUGCAGUGCCCAAGCUGACGAUGGCGAGAUGCAGGCGCAACGUCGACAACUUCCUCGAGGCGUGUCGGAAGAUAGGCGUUGACGAGGAGGUGUUAUUGGACGCGGACGCAAUCAUGGACGUGGGUUACAUGGACGCGUACGGGCUGGAGGCUCUGGCGCGUCUCGUCUCCGCUCUUCUCCUUCUCCGCGACGAAGGAGAGAACGAUACCGAAGAGCCGGCCGCAGGUUCAUCCCGUACGAUUCAGGACCGCGUUCUCUCCGCGAUGCUUUUCGCCACAUUCCUAACCACCCUUGUUCUGCUCUAUCUCUUCCCGGUCCCCGAUUAAGCGGUGCGAGACGAGACGGGAACAGAAUGAGACCGAAAUGAGCGACGAAGACGAGAACGCCAGAGCGCGAAAAACGAUGGAUCGAACACGACGACGCUCGGAAGGAGAAAUGUGGCACGAUCGAAGAUGGGAUAGCUCCGAUGUACCGAGCCGCGGCGACCCGUUGCGACGCGGCAAGCUCGGAAUUUCGCUCCUUCGACGAGUCUAUCGUCGCCGAGUCGUCGGCCCGCUCGAUCGGACCGCCGCGCGAUACUCUUCCUGCCUCGCCCGCCAUUUUAGUACCUCUAGAGCGCGGCAUAAUCUUCUCAUGCGUUUCCCUUCUCUUUUCUUUCGCGCCCGUUUGCUUAGAGCGAAGGACUGAGUGUCGCGCAGAGUCACCUGGCAUGUCGGUGCCGAUGAUCGUCGAGCUGACAAUGAUUCCUUUGGAAAGAGUAUCCGUGUCUCUUUCCAUCGAUAAUUCGUUAAUAUCAAAGUCACUCGUGGUGAUUUUUAAAACGCUCGAGGCUCGCCGUUCGUCGACACCGUUACUCUUCGUUGCCGAAAGCGUCUUCCCAGCUCUUUCGCGCAACGAGCAUCGCUACCGAGUCGAGCUACCUCGAAGCCGCCAGUUUCCCUGACGAGGGCAGACAAACACCGCUUCGCUUUGUAAACUUCGAUUUAGUUGCCGCGAACCGCAUCGCGGCCCCGCAGCUUCCACCGGUUCCGUUCGUUUCUUUCGCUCUGUGGUUCGGCGGCGGCGUGCAAGUACCACGCGAUAGACCCUAAGCACGAGGAUUUUUGAUCGUACAUUUAGCCCGCCUAGUUGUAGGAAACGCUACGUAGUGCGUAGGUUAGAUAAGUAUACUUGUUGGUACGACCCUGAACUAGGGCUCGGGCGUUCGCUUCGCCCGAGUUCCGGUCAGCACUUCGCUAGACGUCCCGCGACGAAACAGAACGCACAAUCAAAGAACUGAAUCAAAGCUGAACGCUCGCACGUUGAAACCGGAUCGUCUGUCGAACUCGUUUCUAAAGAUUGAUCGUCGCAUGUCCGGGGAGGCUGUAUUGUUGGGCAAACGUCGACGAGAGAAUAGUAUUUUCGUACGAGUGAAGCCUGGUCUCCAACGAUAUCGGUGAUGCCCGCAGGAAUAUCUUCUCUGUCCGGUGAAAGGUCGACGAAUCUCUCGUGGGAGACACGACGGAGACACGAAAGGAAUCUUCUUAGAUGGUACCCGCGGUACAGGACCGUCCGCCGGGCGGCCUGGUUCGAGCAGAGCAGAGCAAAGCAAAGCAAAGAGAAUGAGAAUGAGUAUGAGUAUGAGAAUGAGGAUGAGAAUGAGAAAAGAAAAGGAUGCUAGUAUUUUUUUAACGUUCGACCAAUGAAAUCGCCUACGGCUCUUUCAGAAUUGAUGGGUCUGUGAUAGGUAGCCUUCGAGUACUACAGAAUUCGCAAACAAGGUGCUAGAGAUCUCUUUCUGUUUCGAGGAUUUCCUAUUUUGGUACGUAGAUUGUUAACGCACAAGUCGACACUUCUUUCGAGGGUCCCUUCGUUCCAGCAUUCGUUUCCUUCGUUCACGUAGGAGCCAACAUGGAAACCGGAAAAUCGCAUCCCUCGACACGGUACAAAGAUGGUUCAAUUUUUCUUCUUCUUCUUCUUCUUCUUCUUCUUCUUCUUCUUCCCUCGUCCUCCGUUUCUUUCGGCCAAAGUGCACGAUCGGUUCGCGACGAAAUCAUAGACACCAAGUUCUUCCUCUUCAGAGACAACUUCGUGUCUGUUCGUUCGAGCUCCAAGCGGCGCGAUGGCGCUUCUCUAUUUAUUAUUUCUCUUUUCAUCGUUGAAAAGUGCCGGUCUAUCGGUUCGAUAGAGGAUUAUCACUUAGCACACUAUCGGCGGGUAACAUGAGCUUGACUCACGUAUAGCGAAAAUUAGUGAAGUAUGAAAAAAGUGCAUUUUUUAGAAAACAUGUAAUAUCUUCACAUCUAAUAGUAGGAUUUCAAUGAAAUUUGGAAAAUAGGUAUCCCAUAGUAUUUCCAAGAUGUAGAUGAAAUUUAAAAAAAAAUUCAAUUGUUAAUUUAGUUUUUUAUUACUUCAUUUAAUGUAUAACAUGGACCAAACAAUAAUUGUUAAUUUUCGAAAGUAUUAAAAGUUCACGUAGUAAGAGAAAAGCGUAACAAUGUUUAGGAAUAUUUUAUUAUUCAGUUUCUUAUAUAGUAAUUUUAUUGACUCUAAUAUUUUUUCAAUGUAUGGUAUUUCUGAAAACACUCACCCCUACGAAGGGGAAUCUGACAAAACUUACACAUAUAAGAAGUUCAACUUUUCUUUUUAUGCACUGCACAAACACGACAUUAAAAAAUUACGACUGCCCAAAAAUUAGUGAUAAUGAAAAGAACAAGCAUUGGUAAGUGUUACUAACACUUAGCGUACGUUCUGCAUAAAAGGUAUUAAUACCCUUCCCGCCGAUAGUGUGUUAAUAUCACUUAUUUAUUUCUUUUCCUUCUAAUUACUCAGCGUUAUUUCUCUUACCCUACAACUGGAAAAAUGAAAAUUUCUCGUAAAAAUAGGAAAAUGUAAUUCAGAUUCUAAAUCGAAAGGAGAGAAACGCCAUCGCGCCGCUUGGCAUUUUUCGACCGGAUUCGAAACGGUUUAUUCCAGAACAGUCGUCGCGGCGACGUUUCGUCAAGGACCACUCGUCCGCAUUCGGCCAUACGGCGACGAACGAAAACGAUACCAUUCACGCGACUUCACCGGCCAAGCAAUUCGGCCGUAGCCUAAGAUGUUCUACAUAUUUUCGUAUAAACGCGAGUUUCGGCGGGAGAGAGACGAGGUGUAGCGCGGCAAACCACGUGUAUCGUUUAGAAUCGCAUUAUACGCGCGUAUAUCAUAUUCUACGCGUAAUAUAUCCGUACGAUAAGGGAUUAUUGUCUAUGAGUAAGGAGUUUUCGGAGGAACGAGUCUUCGAGCCGCGAUUAACUUCCAGGUUUCGUUUCGAGCAACCCCUUGCCUUAUCGCGUCGAAUCGAUCUCGCGAUAAAGACACUCGGCGGAGUCCCUCGCACGUUAUCCAAUUCACACCGACUGAAGUUAGAUAGCUUCCCGAUUAUCAAUAUUGUAACGUAACGCUCUGUACGUCUCUUAAACAUUUCCGAUUAUCGAUACUUCACGUUUACAACGCACUUAAUCUCGCGUCGAACGUUCAAUUCUUUUCUCUGUGAACGCGUAGUCGACGAUAAAGCAACUAUUGUGUCUAGAACGAAACGAGGCAAGGGAGUCUACUGGAACUACCGGGUGGGUCAAACAGAAUCCCACUAUAAUCACUCAACACUUAAAGUUUCUCUAAGAAAUUAACACUAGAACUAUUCCCGAUUUCCUUUUAGAAUGAUUGAAAAGCAGAAUUUCAGAAAUUGUUGUGGAAACUGAUUUAGUAAUUCCUGAAUUAACCCUUUGCACUCGAAAGUGUUUCACUUGAAAUAUUCAAUACUUUCCGAUUAGAUAUAGACAAGAUCCUUUAAAAUUAAUCUAUCAAGAAACCGAACAUAAAUUAGGGAACAAAGUUUUCUUUCAAUAUUUCACGUAAUCACGCAGUAUGCAAAGGUUAAUAAUAAAUACAAAAGUUUAUAAUUUUACUGUAUAAAUUCAUCUGACGACUGAGAGUCGCCUAUCGAGUGCAAAGGGUUAACCCAAUUGAAGUCUCAGUAACUACGCAUUUGUGCUUCAAUUUUCAAAAGUCAAUUUGAAUGAUCAUCAUCAAAAUGACUGGUUUCGAUCUUUUUGUUCCGCAAUUAUCGAUAUCUCAAAAGCACUCAAUAUUCGAAAUGAUCUCGAAAAUAAACAGUUUCAUUCGAAUA